CCCCUUCCCUGUGCAGUCUGCCUCCAGCGCCAGCAUUGGUCUCUGGCAAGCUCUGCCCAUUCCUGGCAAAUCCUGCAGGACCAGAGUGUCAGCCAACAGCAUGGCCACAAAAUGCGGAAAGUGUGGCCCAGGCUACCCUACCCCUGGUGAGGCCAUGAAAGGACCCCGGGAGGAGAUUGUCUACCUGCCCUGUAUUUACCGAAACACUGGCAUCGAGGCCCCAGAUUAUUUGGCCACUGUGGAUGUUGACCCAAAGUCUCCCCAUUACAGUCAGGUCAUCCACAGGCUGCCCAUGCCCUACCUGAAGGAUGAGCUGCACCACUCGGGAUGGAACACUUGCAGUAGCUGCUUUGGGGACAACACCAAGUCCCGCACCAAGCUCAUGCUACCCAGUCUCAUCUCCUCCCGAGUCUACGUGGUGGACGUGGGUUCUGACCCUCGUGCCCCGAAGUUGCACAAGGUCAUUGAACCCAGUGAAAUCCACUCCAAGUGCAACGUGGGCAAUCUGCACACCAGCCACUGCCUGGCCAGCGGAGAGGUGAUGAUCAGCACCUUGGGGGACCCCCAGGGUAAUGCUAAAGGGGGUUUUGUGCUGCUUGAUGGGGAGACCUUCGAGGUGAAAGGCACGUGGGAGAAGCCUGGAGGGGCUGCUCCUAUGGGUUAUGACUUCUGGUACCAACCACGACACAAUGUCAUGAUCAGCUCUGAGUGGGCCGCUCCCAACGUCUUCAAAGAUGGUUUCAACCCUGCUCACGUGGAGGCCGGGUUGUAUGGGAGCCACUUACAUGUGUGGGACUGGCAGCGUCGUGAGGUUAUCCAGACCCUAAAAAUGAAGGAUGGGCUCAUCCCCCUGGAGGUCCGCUUCCUGCAUGACCCAGAUGCCACCCAGGGCUUUGUAGGUUGCACCCUCAGCUCCAACAUCCAGCGGUUCUACAAGAAUGAGGGAGGCACCUGGUCAGUGGAGAAGGUGAUCCAGGUGCCCUCCAAGAAAGUGAAGGGCUGGCUGCUGCCCGAAAUGCCAGGUUUGAUCACUGACAUCCUGCUGUCCCUGGAUGACCGCUUCCUCUACUUCAGCAACUGGCUGCAUGGGGACAUUCGCCAGUAUGACAUCUCUAACCCACAGAAACCACGCCUUGCUGGGCAGAUCUUCCUUGGGGCAGCAUUGUCAAGGAGGCCCUGUGGAGGUGCUGGAGGACCAAGAGUUAAAGAGUCAGCGGAGCCCCUAGUGGUUAAGUCUGACCUCUUGUUUCCCAGGGAAAACGAGGUCCCUGGAGGCCCCUCAGAUGAUCCAGCUCAGCUUGGAUGGGAAGCGUCUGUACGUCACCCCAUCGUCACUGUACAGCGCCUGGGACAAGCAGUUUUACCCCGACCUCAUCAGGUGAGGCGGCAGUGUCCAAGCGUCACCUCUCCACCAGGCCUCCAGAAGGAUCGCGUGGCCUCUGAAGACAACCUCAGAACUCCACCUGUGCCCUACCAGACAGAUGGCCCAUGUGGGCCCUGCCCCUCCCAGGAACCCAUUAUCCUCACCAAAUCUUGGGGUGGGGGUGCUGGUCACAUUGUCACCUCUCACCCUUUCCUCCUCUUCCAGGGAAGCUUCCGUGAUGCUGCAAAUUGA